CUGUUGGGCAUGCUGGUGGUUCAAGGGAGGCCAGACAGGUGGUCUGUGGGCCAUUCGCAAACACACACUGACAGAGUGGUGUUGGCAGCUGACAGCCAACAGGAGACUGCUGCUGCCGCCCACCCGGCGCCCACGACCGACGAGGUCUUCUGCGUCCAGAACGAGCUGAGCGAGGUCACCAUCCUCCUGACCGUGACGUCGCUGGUGAACGGCAACGAGGUCGACGACAAGACGACGGCGAAGUCGGGAACCCCCGCGUGCCUCCAGGCCCCCCCCGACGGCACCGACAUCACCUUCAGCACCUUCGUCAACGACAGCAAGCCGCCGAUAUUCCUGUUCAACGUCACGUUUGCCGACAUUCCCACCAUGGACAAGGCGUGCACGGACUACAAAGUCACCGGGAGAGGCUACUACCCUAAUUGCUCGUCGGCUUUGUGA